CAUGGACAUUGUCGGUCGUGUAGCCGUCCUGCUGGCGCUGGUCAGUGUGAUGAUGACGCCUGCCGACUGUAGGAAACACAGGCACACUAAGAAAAAUGGCCGCCAUAAAGCCGCUAGUCCACCAAUCAUAUGUGAUAAUUCAAUGGUGUUACACACCGAUGAGAGCAUGUACCUUCUCCCAGCGAUACGGGAACACAAGGCGAAAGCACUGACCACAUCGCCGUCACAGCGGAUGAUGACGAUCUCCAACACCAGUGACGUCAACUGCAGGGAGGGGUAUGCCAGGCUGCAGGUGAAGAGAACAUGUCCGCACUACUUUGUGUUGAACUAUGACCCUGACCGGAUACCGUCCACCAUCUUCGAGGCCCGCUGCUCAUGCGCGAACUGUUUGUCUGAGCAGGCACCAGGACCAAGGCGAUGUGCGCCUGUAUAUGUGUACCGCGAUGUCCUGAUUAGACGGAGGAAGGCGGGAAAACACGACUCCGGGUGUUACGAACACCACUUGAAGGCAUUUGUUGUUGGGUGCCACUGCAUCGGACAUAUACAUGACCCUCAGCGAAACCCAAGACCGUUGGCGUGAUUUCAUUUCGUCUAUCUGUGGGACACAUUGCAAU